AUGUAUGACAUGACGGGUGUGGUCGUGGAGCAGGAUGAUAAUCUAAACUAUGAUGGCUCUUCGGAGGCUAAGGCCAAGGCAAAGACCUACUAUUGGGAACAUUUCGACAUCGUAGUAUUUCGCACGCGCGUAAACCACGAAACCAAGAAAAGCGAAACCGUGGAAAUCGAAAGAGUCUAA